CAAACACUGUUUUUGGCGACAAAUUCAGAGCUAUUUUCGGAAUCGAUUCAAACGCUUCUCUUAUCGCAAGAAACGCACGAAUUAUGCGAAAAAUCAAUCGAAACCGUGUUUCACAACACAAUGUCUCUCAUCCCUGUCCUCCCUGUCGUCCUCCCGGUGCGAGUGUCCCGCGAGACGCCUCUCCUGGUGCCCAAAGAGUCGUCAGAUUCGGGAUUCCUGUCGUCUUCGUCGCCUCUGAGCGUCGCCUAUGAUCUCCAUUACGACCACAAAGACGACACUCUUUUCGUCGUCAAAACCGAACGCUUUUCCGCCGAAACGCGACCGAAAAGCGCACAAAACGCCGGAAAGAGAGUGACGUUCCGCGAGGACACCGUCGACAUCCUCGAAGUGGUCGCUCCCGAACCCAUAGAGGGCUGGGAUGAGGAGGAGGACGACGACGGAAGUGUCAUAGCGUUGACGCCUUUCGCUCUUCUCGUCAUUAUCUCGCUUUCGUUCCUCAUGACUUUGGCCACUCUUCUGGCGCUGCGCUUGUCUUCGGCGGACUUCGGCUGAAAUCACGCGCUUUUCGCGCCAUCUUUUGAGUGGUUUUCGCAUUCAUUACGCAAUCAUUCGUAACAAUGAAUAGCCGUUUGUCUCGCUCUUCAAGUUCAAGGCUUUCCAUAGCUUUGAGGCAUUCGUUGAGAGCAUUGAACAGCACUUCAAGACUGCCGGCGCUCUCGAGACGCGGAAAUACACCAAAACUCGCAUUCAUUAGCGUUUGAACGAGUUUUGCAAAAAUAUUCGCCAAAAAAACUCAAGUUUUUCUCUUCUUUUUGAUUUCAUUCACAAAAACAUUGAUUUUAUUUCAAAAAAAGUACAAAAUUUCGGAC